CAUCUCGAUUGUAGCUAAACAAGCUGUUUGAGUGAGUUGAGAAAGAAGAUAACGUAGAUGGUGUAAAAGAAGAAAUGGUUUCAUCAAGAUCAAGAUCAAGAUCAAGAUCAAGCGCUGCGGCUGUCAUUCUUGUUUCCAGACGAAGCGUCAACGGAGACCGCGCCGCCGAGCCCAACGACGGAGACGGCGAAGUGGAUCCCCCUCCUGCCGUCGCAGUCCCCACGCAUGCCGAAAAUAUCGCAAAAGCCACAGAGAAAGUUGCAGAAGCACGGGCUGCCUUGGAAGCAGCUAAGGUUGCCAAUGACCCCGCCAUAACCUGCGCAUCUGAAACAACCACCUUCACCGCCGGCGCUGUUGCAAUAAUGCUCCUCACCGCUAAUCUUGAUGUUAUCCAAAGAAAGGUACCCAUCGCCGCUCAUUGCGCCCUGGCGGAGAAAAGGGUCCGCGACGCGGCCUUUGGAGUGCACGUCGGCGUCACCGCAGCCCGCGACAAAAUUGACGAGGCCCGAGCUGCGGCCAAUGCUGCUUCGAAUGCUCUCGAUGGAAUCUUCAACGUCGACGCUUCCCCUGAUCCCCAUCUUGCGGCAUACCUUGGUAUUGCAUUUGACCCCACCGUCAUAGACCCCUCGCCCGCCGAAGUCGAAGAAGGCUCGCUCAUUGCACAAUCCGUGGAGGACAUUGAAAAAGAUGCCGAAGAUCUCACCCGCGAUGUCAACGACCUCAAUAAUAUGGUGGCGAUCAACGUCAACAUGGCCACCCUAGCAGCUGAUACAGCUCUCACUAUAGCUGCCACCAGUAUAGCAGCCACCGCGGCCGUGAGAAUCACACACGCCCCCAUCCGAGCCCACGACGGCGUCGUCGAAGCCCGCAACGCGGUUGUCCAAAACCUCGGCACUAGUGAGGUCUUCCGGGCUGUCAUGGCCUAUGCCGCAGCGGUGGCCACCGCUGAAGCGGCCGAUGAAGAAAUAGGAUAAAAUUGACUACAUGUACUUACUUUGACGAAUAGGAGAUAUUGACUAUGUACUUGCAAUUUCCAAAUAUUCUCCUUUCUAAAUCCAUAUUUCUUU